GUGAUGAACUGCCGGUGUCUAUCUCGCUCUCAAAUCUCUUAAUCAGAUAUUCAAAUACAUUGUCCAUCACCAAUAUUUGUUUACAUGUGUCCCAAUAUUAGAACAUACAAUUUAAAUAACAUAAUCAAUGCUGUCAUUAUUUUUACAUGUGGAUAAACGUGACCAGUGCAGGGCCUUCAACGGAAUAAAGUACGAUGGCAAACGGAGAACCUGGGAACCGAUGGAGGACGCGGACAAUCCCUGCGCCCUUACCUGCCGCAUUGAAGGAACGGAUCACGUUGUCAAGCUGAGUCCUAAACUUAGGGAUGGGACGCGCUGUAAAAUGGGAGCACUACAUGUUUGUGUGGACGGGAAAUGCGAAGCUGUUGGAUGCGACUUGAAAAUUGGAUCUCCGAAAAAAAUUGACGCUUGUGGGGUUUGUGGUGGCGAUUCAAAGUCCUGCACGAGUCCUGUGUAUCGCUGGGAUUUGGAGAGUGGUCCGUGCACUGCACGAUGCGGUGGAGGUCACCAAUCGGUGAAUGUGGUUUGCAAAAAUUCCAUCACUUUAGAAAAAGUGGACUCUUAUUUCUGCAACUCCGCCACAAAGCCGAGGUUGGACAUGCAAAGCUGCAACAUCCAGCCUUGUGAGCCACAGUGGGAGACUGGCGAGUGGAGCGUGUGUUCAACGACUUGUGGCGGAGGGUUGAAAAUCAGGAAGGUCUUUUGUGCUCAAGAGAAAAACGGAACAAAAAUUCAGGUUGCAGAAAAGCUGUGUCACCACAUCCGACGCUCCAACAAUCAGGAACCAUGCAACCCUCAUCCCUGUCCAAAUUGGCAUGCUGGACCGUGGUCCUCUUGUUCGGUCACCUGUGGGAAUGGCUACAUGACUCGCAACGUGGUGUGCAGAGAUUCCGCCAACCUGCCCAGCUCCAACUGCGAUGCUCGUCUCAAACCUGGCGUCUCAAAGUCGUGUGCGGAGGAGGAGUGCUCUCUUCCGGCCACCCCCACCGCCCAAGUCAUCCACCGAAGCCCCACCAAGAAGCGACGGGGCAAAACCACACCCGCAUCGUCCUAUGCCGCCAGGAUUCUUACAACCACGUCCACCACAACCACGGAGGAAAUUCCAGCUGAAUACCAAGCUCCAGAUAUUGACAACGACAUUUAUGUGGAAGAAGGAAUACCCCGGGAGCACACGCUGCCCUUGAUCCAACCCUACCCUCCCAUGGACAAUGCCAUGCUGUUCGACAAUAAUGCAUUGCCAUCCGAACCCACCAACGUUCGGGUGUACUUUUCAUGUGGUUGGUUGUUUCAAAGUUUUGUGGCCGGAGAAUGGAGUCCUUGCAGCUCAACUUGUGGCGAAGGAAGUCGAACACGAGAAGUGAAAUGUAAGAUUUUUCUCGAGUUCUCGAGAACCAUUGCCAAUCUUCCUGACAAAGAGUGUCCUGGGCCUAAGCCAUCAGAAAGCGAACCUUGUUUUUCGUCACCCUGUCAUUUGGGUGAUAUGGGCAUCGAGCGAUUAUCUGAUGUUCACCAAGCAGCUUUGGCCGAUUCGGAAGCAAGUGGUGGAAAUAUAAGGAAAACGCUAUCGGUGGGACUUCCACCAGGAAUGGCGAUGCAGGACAUGACUUUCUCCUGGAAAGUGCUUGGCUACACCCCCUGUUCUACGAGCUGUCUGGGAGGCAUUCAAGAGGCAAUGAUCCAAUGCGUGAGGGACUAUGACCAAAGAAUCGCCACCCCCGUUCUUUGUAUGGACAAACCACAACCAGAUAUUGCUACCACAAGAACAUGCAAUGAUCAUCCCUGUCCGCCACGAUGGAACGUGACGGAAUUCGGACCGUGUUCAAAACCAUGUGGGGGCGGGGUUAUGACAAGAGAGGUAAGCUGUAUUCACGAGGUCACGAGAGGAAAUACGGUAAUCGUCCCAAACAACAUUUGUCCCUCGGCCAUUCCAAGAACAGAGCGUCUCUGCAACACUGUGAAUUGUCCCCCGUAUUGGGAGCCUGGGGAGUGGGGAAAGUGCUCGAAACCUUGUGGCGGCGGACUCAGAACGCGAAUCAUCCACUGCAAGCAAAUAAGUGCUUUGGGUCAAAUAGUGGAGCUGUCGAAUGGGGAUCUUCACUGCAAUUCUCCAAAACCGGGGGAGACCAAGUCGUGCAACAAAAAAUCCUGCUCUAAGAUGUCAAGGCCUGCGUCAACCGGCCACGGAGGAGGCCCGGCUGAGGAACCAGAGUACAAGGAGAAAGUGACGCUGGGGGUCAAAGGUCGGGGAACAGUAUACGCCGGAGUGGUCCUGCGUCUUCGAUGUCCAUCUGGUAAGGGGAUGGACAAAGGAUCUCUCAUCUGGAUGAAGGGGCACGAGUACCUCAAAGUGCAGCCAGACCGGAUGGAACUCAUUCACAAGACGGGGGUGCUUAAAAUAACAAAUACGACGUACAGUGAUAGUGGUAUCUACACAUGUGUUUACAAUGGAAGACCGGUAUCAAAUAUUACCCUGAUGAUAAAACCUUACUCAGGUACCAGAUUAUCUAUACUUCUACAUAUUCCACUAAAUAUCCUAUUAUUAUUGUAAAAUACCAUUA